AUGAUGCAUUCGAUGAACGAUCCGGCGUCUAUGCUAUCCGGCAUGAUGUCCUUCGAUUCGAUCAGCCUGUAUGAACAGCCCAAACCGAGGUUCAUAUUCAAAAUGCCCAGAGUGGUGCCCGAUCAGAAGGCGAAGUUUGAGUCCGACGAGUUGUUCAGGAGGCUCAGCAGGGAGAGUGAGGUUAGUUUGAAAGAUGGCGAGGAAUAG